AUGGAAUUGAAAACAAGCUAUAAAAAUACUACAUUAUCUCCCAUCUAUGCGGGUACCAGUUCAGUGGCAUCUAUCUCUUCGGAUGGUUCUAUUCUAGCAACUCCAAUCUUGGAUGAAAUUAAUAUUGUCAAAUUUAUCGACAACAAUUCUUACUUAUUAGAUAAUGUUUCAAAUGAUGAUGAACAAGAAAUUACAGCCUUGCAAUUAUCACCAGAUGGGAAAUAUCUUUGUUAUGCAUCUACAAAUCAAUUAUUAAAAAUUUAUAAUAUUGUGGAAAAAAAAUUUGUUAAAUCACUCAAAAUUUCAUCUCCAUCCUAUGUUAUGUCUAUAGAUCAAACCUCUACUCUAUUGGCCGUUGGUGGUACUGAUGGUAGUGUUACUGUUAUUGAUAUUGAAAAUUCUUAUAUUACUCAUUCAUUCAAAGGUCAUGGUGCUACCAUUUCCGCUGUUAAAUUUUAUUCAGACGCUAGUACUCAAAAUAAUGAAGGAUGGUUAUUAUUUUCUGGUGAUACAGCAGGUAUGAUUAAAGUUUGUGAUAUGGUAAAAAGAAGAUGUUUAUAUACGUUUCAAGAGCAUACAUCUGCCAUUAGAGGUUUAGAUAUCCGUCUUUCACCAUCUCACGUUGAGAAUGAUGAACCAUUACUUCAAUUGUUAAGUGGUGGGAGAGAUGAUAUUGUAAAUCUAUGGGAAUUUAAUUUGAGAAGAAAAUCUAAAUUAAUUAAAACUAUACCUGUAUAUCAACAAGUUGAAGCAUGUGGUUUCUUAAAUGGAAAUUAUGAAGAUUUAAUUUAUACUGGUGGUAGUGAUGCAAUUUUCCAAAUAUUAUCUAUAUCAUCCAAUAAAAUUUUGAAGAAAACUUUAAAACCAAUUGAAGAACUAUUCAUAAUUGGUGUUUUACCAAUUUUAGAUAAUUCUAAAUUUUACUUAGUUUUAUCUGAUCAAACUCUACUACUAGUAGACGUUGAAGAAAAUAUGGCUGAAGAUGAAAAUCCAUCUGAAUAUGUAGAUCAUACCAUUAUUAAGAUCGAAAAUUCUAUUGCAGGUAACCAUGGUACCAUUGCAGAUAUGAGAGUUGUUGAUCCUACAUUAUCUAAAUUAGCUCUAGCUACAAAUUCUCCUACAUUAAGAAUUAUCCCAAUUUCAGAAGCAAACGAAGAAGCUGAUAGUAAAGAUGCACUAUCGCGUAUCCCAAUUGAUGUCGAUAUGUACGAAGGUCAUACUGAUUUAUUAAAUUCUUUAGAUUCAACAGAAGAUAGUUUAUGGAUUGCCACUGCUUCAAAAGAUAAUUCAUGUAUUUUAUGGAGGUACAAUGCGGUUUUAGAAAAAUAUCAAAUAUACGCCAAAUUUCUUGGACAUGCUUCCUCAGUUACAGCAGUUGGUUUACCAAAUGUUUUGACUAAAAACUAUCCAGAUUAUGUUAUAACUGCAUCAAAUGAUUCUACUAUCAAAAAAUGGAAAGUUCCAAAACCAACCAAAAAUCUUGAUAAUAACGAUUCAUUUAAACCACAUGAAGUUAAACUAUCUGAAUAUACACGUCGUGCUCAUGAUAAAGAUAUUAAUGCCUUAUCAAUUUCACCUAAUGAUUCUAUUUUUGCUACUGCAUCCUACGAUAAGACUUGUAAGAUUUGGGAUUUGGAAUCUGGUGAUUUAAAGGCAACAUUGGUUAAUCACAAAAGAGGUCUAUGGGAUGUUUCUUUCUGUCAAUAUGAUAAAUUUAUUGUAACUGCAUCUGGUGAUAAAACAAUCAAGAUGUGGUCCUUAGAUACAUUUACUGUUGUUAAAACUUUUGAAGGUCAUUCUAAUGCAGUUCAAAGAUGUCAAUUUAUAAAUAAACAAAAGCAAUUAGUAAGUUGUGGUGCAGAUGGUUUAAUUAAAAUCUGGGAUUGUUCGUCAGGUGAAUGUAUUAAGACAUUAGAUGGCCACUCCAAUAGAAUCUGGGCAUUAAGUGUAAUUAAUGAUGGUGAUGUGAUUAUUAGUGCAGAUGCAGAUGGUGUUUUCCAAUUUUGGAGAGAUUGUACAGGGGAAAAUAGAGAAAAAGAUUUAGAAAAAGAAAGAUUAAAAGUAGAACAAGAACAAAGUUUACAAAACUAUUUAGCUAAUGAAGACUGGACCAAUGCAUUUUUAUUAGCUAUGACAUUAGAUCAUCCAUUAAGAUUAUUUAAUGUUUUAAGAAAAUCUUUGGGUGGUAAAGAAGGUAGUACAAGUUCAGAUGAUGAUACAAAGAAAGAUGCAGAUGGGAAACCAAUAUUAUUUAAUAAAGAAUUGGAUAAUGUCAUAGCCAACUUAAGUAAUGACCAAGUUUUAUUAUUAAUGAAGAGAUGUAGAGAUUGGAAUACCAAUGCACGUACACAUUUAGUUGCUCAAAGAUGUAUAAGAUGUAUUUUGUUACAUUAUAAUAUAUCUGAUCUAAGUGAAAUUCCAGGAAUGAUACAGAUUGUCGAUAGCAUAAUUCCUUAUACACAAAGACAUUAUGCUAAAGUGGAUGGUUUAUUGGAGGAAAGUUAUAUAUUGGAUUAUUCACUUAUUCAAAUGGAUAAAAUAUUUUAG